UCAUUGUCUCUCUGAGCUCUCUGAUUGGCUGAGACUGUGAGAAAGUGCAGUCAGACCCAGACCCACACAUUCAUAUGGAGAUGUGGGACUAUAAAUAGGAGGGAUGAAGCCAGCAGAGAUCAGAUUCUCUCGACAGAGACCUCUACAGCACAGAGAUCCAGACAUGGCACCUACAAUCACUGCAGCAAUGACCAACUCUCAGGAGCCUCACACUCUGACCCACAAGCUCAGAAAGCCUCUGGUGGAGAAGUUACGCAGAGAGCGAAUCAACAGCAGCAUUGAGCAGAUCAAGUCUCUCCUGGGUCCAGAGUUCCUCAAACAGCAGCCAGACUCCAAGCUGGAGAAAGCAGACAUCCUGGAGAUGACAGUUUGUGUCCUGAGACGACUGCAGCAGCAGAAUGAAAAGCAGAGAAGACUGCUGAACCACAUCAACAAGAUGCAGUGUUCCUCUGAUAAGAACCUGAGAGAGGCUGACUUCUCUCUGCUGAGCUCCACAGUCCAGACCAGCAUCACCAAAGAGAAGAGUCCAGUCAACAGCGCCCCCUGGAGGCCGUGGUAGACCCCUACAGACUGGAGUUACUACCAGACAAACCGAGAUGACCAUAUUGGUCAAAGGUUAUUAACAUACAUAUUAUUCUGAAAAGUAAAAAAGAUGCUUGUGAUUGUUUCGCUUACUUGUAGGAAAAAAGGCCGUAUUGUGUAGCACAACUUUGUAUUCUAUGAAUACCAUAAAUUCACUUUUAUUUUAUAAAUGUGAUCAAAUAUUUUGUGAGAAUUAUCACACCUGCCUUUAUGUCCUCUGUCUUUUGGAUCAAGAUUGAUUCAGUGACAUGACUAGGCAAAUAUCUGCUACUUUCUGGUAGCCUUCUUUUUGAUGUGCUUGAUUUACUCUGUAAAAGAUGAUUGACUCAUGUUGGGUCUUGAAGUGUUUCUGUUCUGCCAUCAUCAUGCUCUGUAGUGUCAACAGUAAUAAUCUGAAAGUUAUUUUCUCUCUUUGUAAGAGAGUUGAUCUGCUCUGUUUAGCUUGUACUAAACCAUUCCCUCUGUUACUACUGAGGCUGUUAACUCUACUCUAUUUGAGUACAUUGUCUUGAAUUACAAGUUUUCAUUGUGAUGCAUCAUCACCACCAGUGCCUCUAUGA